AUGCGGCCGCUCAUGCUGGGCCUGGUGCCCUUGUUUUUUUUGGUUCUCGCAUCUCUUUUGUGCGGAGCUGCAAGCUCGCAGCAAGACUUUUACCAGCUGCUGGGCAUUGCCCGCGAUGCAUCGACCCGGGAGCUGCGGCGAGCGUUUAAGAAACUCGCCCUAGAAAAACACCCCGACAAGAAUCCCCACAACCCACAGGCCCACGUUGAGUUUGUAGCCAUCAAUCAAGCGUUUGAGGUGCUGAAGGAUCCCGAGACGCGACGCAUCUACGAUCGCUUUGGCGAGCAGGGUCUCAAAGAUCGCCAAGAACAAGAGCAACAGCAGCAACGAUACGAGAGCUACCAGUUUUAUCAAGAGGAAUUCGGCCUCUACGACAAUGAUCCGCAAGUUGACACGCUGACCGUUCACGAUUUUGAUCAUGCCAUUCACAGUGCCAAGGUGGUUUUUGUCAACUUUUAUAGCCCAGUCAUUGCCAUGAUCUCGCCCCCACAUGGCGCCAGCUGGCCACAGCUGUAUAUGGGGCUGCCACUGUGGCUGCUGUCAACUGCCAGGAAAAUUGGCAUCUUUGCCAGCACUGGCGGAUUCAAGCCUUGCCUACUCUUCUACUUUUCCAAAAUGGCUCGACGUGUGGUAUGCACCCGCGAUGACAACCCCUUUUCAGGUCACCCGACACCCUAUCGUGGCCUGCGGGAUCUCGAGGCCCUGCAAAGUGCUGUCAUUGCCGCCCUCCCAUCCGUGUCGCCGCUGCCCGCUCUGGCAGUGAGCGCGCGCGGUCUGGACUGGUCGCAUUUGAAGGACACACCGACUGCAAAUGCACCCUAUCUUGUGAUAGUCAUCUGCGCGCCUCGCGAGCCUUGCUUAUCCGAAGACGAUCUUGUUUUGCUCCAAGCCAUGGUGCAUGACUUUGCUGCACUGCAAGUGCUCUCCUGUCUGCGACCUCUGCCCAUCGCUGAACCAAGCUUAGCAGACUUUGGCACUGACCGCUUGACAUUGUUUGAUGCCCCCUCGCCCAAGACAGCCACGCAGCGCCUGGGCAUUGCCGUUGCUCGGGCCCUGCAUCGCCUCGGCCCUGUGACGCGUGUAGCUUGCGACAAUGUCUGCCAGCGUCUCCAUCAUGUGCACGAGCUACCGGCAUUGCGGGUGUACACGCCUGUGGGACAUGAAACCUAUUUCGGUGCUCCUGACUCUGAGAGCAUUGUGGCCUGGACCAAGCAGGCCCGAGCUGCGCCGGUGGAGCAACUGCAUGCCUCCGACUUUCCAGGACGCGUGAUGCAGGGCACACAGGCCCGCUUGGUAGACUUUUAUGCCCACUGGUGUCAGCCUUGCCAGCAGUUGGCACCUUUUUUUCGCGAAGCAGCUGCCACCUCGUCAUUUGCCGACGUGCGCUUUGCUACCGUCAACUGCGCGGUCGAAGUUCAGCUCUGUCGUGACCUCAAUGUCCACAGCUACCCAACGCUGGUCUAUUAUCCCGGGGGCAAUGCCGAACCGAUCCUUUUCCACGGUGACCUUUUUAGCACACGUGGCCUCCUGACCUUUCUGCAGCAAACUCUUGAUCCAAGCACGGUCACCCUGACCACGGCUACGUUCCACAAGCAGGUCUUUGCCAAUGAUGACCAAAUAUGGGUGAUUGACUUUAUGUCGUCCCGAUGUGGUCCGUGCUUACAUUUCAAACCAGAGUUUGAACGCGCCGCAUUCCAACUUCGAGGACUUGUCAAGUUUGCCACCAUCGACUGCAUAUCCGAAGCCCACCUUUGCAUGCAGGAGCGGAUUCAUCAGUAUCCCACUGUCCGAAUCUGCCAGGCAGACCAGUGGGGCAAAAAGCGCUGCAGCAUCUAUCAGGGCUUUCUACAUGCCGACCACUUGCUGGCCACUGUGCGGCGACACUUUCCCUCUCAGACCAAGGACAUCACAGGGCCUCGGCUGCGCAAGGAAAUCGCAACAGGCGCAAAGGUGUGGCUUGUAGCCUUUGCCACGCCCUGGUGCGGCCCCUGUCAACAGUUUAAGCCAGCCCUCAACGAGUUGGCUUAUCGGGCCUCGCGCAAUGCGACUGACCUUCAAGUGGGCGCUAUCGAUUGCCAGCGCUUUGAGCGCGCCUGUCGACUCCAGCAAGUGCCCCAUUAUCCUUUUCUUAUUCUCUAUCGUGGCCAGGGCGUUCAGCCGCUGCGCAUGGAUGCUGCAAGCCCAGAGGAAAUAUGGAGCCGCUUGGAGGAGGCUGUGCCUGAAGUCUUUAAAGCACCCAAUAGUUUUCACGACGAACUCUAG